AUGCGGUGUGGCGCCCCGGCGACCGCUUCCUACGCGCCGCCCGUCGUAAAAUCUCGUACAGGACUCCGUACCUAUGAUAUAGAAGUUGGAGGCGGCGGAUUGCGAGCCACUCCAAUCGAUUUGGAUGUUCCCGUGAUACAAAAGAAGUCAAGUUUCGCGUCAAGUGGAUUCUCAACAAAGUCAUUCACGCCUUCCAAGCCAUCCACGUCAUCUGGGAAGUCCGAACCAUCGAAGUACUCAGAUUUCCUGGGUAAACCUGCGGAGACAUCUUACGAGCCUAGGAAAUUGUCAGAACCGUUUGGAAUACAUGCAAAGCCAUAUGAGUCAAGGAAGGCGUCAGAACCUUCUGGAGUGUUUGCUAAGCCUUAUCAAGCUUCCGGACCAUCGGAGAUUCCUGGAACCUUGGCAAAGCCUUACAGUACCAAGGGACCGUCAGAACCUUUUGGGACGUUUGCAAAGCCUUACGAGCCGUCGGAACCGUCUGGGAUGUAUGCGAAGCCUUAUCAAGCCUCUACGUCGCCUGGAACCUUAGCAAAACCUUACCAACCCUUUACGCCCCUGGAAUCUUCUGGAACGUUUGCUAAUCCCUACAGUACCCUAAGCUCAGAUCCAUCGCUCAAGUCAUUGGAGUCACUUGGCGCAUUUGCUAGGCCUUAUCAAGCCUCUGGAAUAUCGGAAACUUCUGGAGCGUUUGCUAAGCCCUACAGUAACCCAGAGCCUUCCAAAAGCUUAGAACCGCUGGUAACGCCAUCGGUAUCAUUUGGUACCAUUGCUAAGCCCUACAGUAUCCUAGAACCGUCAAAAAGCUUAAAGCCAUCGGUUAAGCCAUCGGAGUCAUUUAGCGCCAAUUCUAAGUUUUAUCAAGCUUCAAUAUCAUCAGAAUCUUCUGGAAUCUUUGCCAAGCCCUACAGUACCUCGACACCGUCAAAAAGCUCCGAGUCAUUUGGCGCCUUUGCUAAGCCUUAUCAAGCCUCCACGACGUCAGAACCUUCUGGAGCGUUUGCUAGGUCUUAUCAACCUUCUGGACUAUCAGAACCGUCCGGAACAUAUGUGAAGUCUUAUUUACCGUCAGAACCUUCUGGGACCUCUGACAAGCCCUACAGUACCUCCACGCCGUCAAAAACCUCAGAGCCGCCCGGAGUCCUUGCUAAGCCUUAUCAACCUUCUGGAAUUUCGGAAGCUUCUGGAGCUAAGCCCUACAGUACCCCAUCGAAAGCCUCCGAACCGUUCUCCCGUAAAAUGUUCACACCCGCCGCCGAUUCCUACACCCCGAAUGGCUACACCCCUGCAUCGUCAUCCACAGAAUCCUCGAAAUUUCCGGAAAUCCGAUCAAAGGCGAAACCACCGUACAAACCAAUUACCUCCCCGCCAACAAAAGCCUAUAUUUCACCGUUCCGUGAUUCUCCCGACGCUCCGCCCACUUCGCUCCUCUCCACUCACGUUUCCGACGAGUCAUUAGCCAGGAGUAUGCUAUCGGUUAGCAACAACGAGUUACCCCUGAUAGUCAAACCACUGCGGGCCAAUCGACGGACGACGUUGGUCGAGCCGCCCGUGAUGCCCGUAGGUGGUCAAAUCCCAGAUAUGUGUAGCUCGCUGCCACGGAAUUUCCACCGACCAACUGUGCUCCAUUGCGCGGCGCCUGUUGUCAUUGAAGCCAUACCGUUCAUUGACGAGGAGCUCCCGCCUACUGUCGAAAAAUCGAUAACCACAAAUUCUUCUCUCCACCGUAGAGAAGACAGUGGCUAUCGAUCGAUGGAAAACGUGCGGAAGCUUAGCGUACCGGAAAUUGCACCGUCCACGUCGGACGGCGUCAACGAAUAUGUAGAUCAUGAAGAAGAAGAAGAAGAAGAAUUCGAUUGGGGAGAUGAGUACUUGAAUUCUAGGGUUAAACGCCGCUGCAGCUUGGUACUCCGAACGCAGACAUCGCUACGCGUUAAAACUAUUAUUGAUAAGCUUCUCAAUUGUUCGGGACGUGACCAACGACGCGCACUAUUCUCUCUGAAGCAGAUAUUCCAGGAUGAUCAAGAUUUGGUCCAUGAAUUUGUCCAAAAUCAGGGAUUGGAUUGUAUGAUUCGAUUGGGACGAACCGCCGACCAGAACCAUCAGAAUUAUAUACUGAGAGCCCUUGGGCAGUUGAUGUUAUACGUGGAUGGAAUGAAUGGGAUUAUUGCGCAUAACGGAACGAUUCAGUGGUUGUACGAGUUGUUGGACUCGCCGUUCCGCCUCGUCGUCAAGACAGCCCUGAAGCUCCUGCUCGUCUUCAUUGAAUACAAUGAUAAUAACGCGUUACUCGUUCUCUCCGCUAUCCAGACAGUCGAUAAAUCGAAGGGACAAGCCGAUUGGUCGGGUCUGAUGAAGGUGUUGACGGAGAAGGAUUCUCCAGAUGCCGAGACGUUGGUCUACGGAAUGACGGUGGUUAACAAGGCGUUGCACGGGAUUCCUGAUAGGGACACCUACUACGACGCAGUUGACACAUUGGACACUCUGGGCAUGGAGGAUGCCAUCAAAAGUAUGGGUAGAUCAAAUAAUAAGGAGCUCGAAGAGCAGUGUCGACUAUACGAGAGAGAACUGAAAGAGGAGGACGAGAGGGGAGAUAACGAUGAUGAUGUGGUCAAGAUGAGAUCCACCGAUUCGUUCAAAGACCAAUCACGUCGAUCGAGUCAGGGCUCUCACGACUCGGCAAUAACGAUGGGUAGCGAGGAGGACGGCUCGCGGAGCCCGGAUAGUUGCUACAAGCAGACAUCUCCGGCUCCGCCCACCACGGCAGUCCCCGCCGCCACGCCCCCAAGUAACACGUUGGAGCGUAGAUCACGGGCUUAUGAGCACGAGAUGCCGGAAGAUAUCGAGACGGCGUUGGAGAAGCUCAACAAAGCGUUACAGAAUAGGCGGGAAGCCGAAAAACUGAAAGCCGAAGAGACACGACGAAAAGAGGCGGAGCGACUGGAAGAGAUCGAACGGAUGAGAGAGCAGGCGGAGGAGAGGAGACGCAGAGAACGAGAGGAGUUAGAGAGCAAGAGGAGAGAGGAAGAGGAGCGAGAGACGCAGAGAAAGAGAGAGGAGCGAGAAGUCAGAUUUGCUAAGAACGAAGUGAUCACGUCUUCUGGAGCCGACGACAAGAAGGCGACGAUGAGAAGACGUCAUGAGGAGGCGAGACGGAGACAGUUGGAGCACGAGCAGUUCACGUCGAAUCGGUCGAUGUUUAGUCAGAUUGACACCUCAUCAGCACCACGUAUCCCAUCCCCGGUUUCUCCAGUUUCAGCGUGGCAGCCACCAGUCAAAGAUGAUUUUCAACCGACCACCUCCACGUCCCCCACACCUGAAAUAGGGAAAAAGAAAAUUCCGGAACCAAUUCAACUUGUUCAGGAGAAUCAAGAGAAUGAGAUUCCAAAAGAGGCGGAUGAUAGUGAGAGUUCGAAGCCGGUCAAAGCCCCGCCCCCAUCAUUCCCCACAAUCUUUUCUCCCACCGAAUCAAAAUCGAUGGAUUUCUCAGAAGUUGCACCAACAGAACCCGUGGUAGAGGAGAAGGCUCCGCCCCCACCGAGAGCAAAAAUCGAACCCGACGUCGGAGGCGGCAGUAGCUUCGCAGAUAUGCUCCAAAAACGGGCGGCCCGAUCGGCGGCCGCAAAUUUGGGCGUCUUUGAGAAAAAGGAUUCAGAAGCGGAGAUUCAGUGGAAGAAAGCGGCGGAGAAUCUGGAGAAACGACCUCUUAUUAUUAAUGACCUCGAUUUCUCACAAUUCCAUGGUGCAGAAUAUCAACAGGACCCGUUACAGCUCGCGCGGAUGGCUAAGAUGGCUGAGAGUAGUAAUGGAAGGGGCGGAGUCUCGGGUGCAGGUGUACCACCUCCACCACCGCCGCCAACGUCGAUUCCGCUGCCUCCGAGAUUACAAGGAGGUAUCCCACCGCCGCCACCACUCGGUAUCAUCCCACCUCCACCACCGCCUGGCACACUCCUCAUGAACGGACUGAAUCGUGGAGACAUCAGUCCGGCGGCCAACAAAGGAGUCCUGAAACUUCACUGGAAACCGGCGAACGUCGAGGACCAGUCGAUUCCAUCACUGAAACAGAAGGGAAGCUUCUGGAAUACGGUAGACGGCGCGGUGCCGAGUUUCGACGCCAAGAAGAUUGUACAGUUGUUCGAGACGAAGAAGGAGAAGGAGGCGACGGUUAAGAAAGUCGCCGAAACCAAGUCGCAAACCUUAUCCGUCCUGCCCCUCAAACGUUCCCAAGCCAUCAAUAUCGGUCUCACCAAAUUGCCACCAAUCAACGUCAUCCCAGCAGCAAUAAUGAAAUUCGAUUCUCUCGUGCUUAACAAGGAUGGAAUUGAGAAAAUUCUGAAGACCAUGAUGCCGGAUUUGAAGGAAAUCGAGGAGAUCGAGAAUAAGCAGGCGGAGAAUCCGGAAAUGACUCUAGGAAAUGCUGAGCAGUUUCUUCUAAAGUUAUCUCAGAUUCCGUGUCUUCUGGAGCGCUUACGUCUAUGGUUAUUCACGUUAGACUACAAAAAUUCGGAGAAAGACAUUGCGGAGCCUCUAAUGGACAUGCAGUUGGCAAUGAAGGAAAUGGAGGAGUCGAAGACGUUCAAAGUGGCAAUGGGCAUGCUUCUAGCCAUCGGAAACUCGCUAUCCGGCACUGACAUCAAAGGUUUCUAUUUGGAUUACCUAACUAAGGCGUCGGAAGUCAAGGACCCGGUGUACAAGCAUACUUUGACAUACCACUUGGCGGAGUACAUGGUAGAACACUUCUCGGAGGGCACCGACUUGUAUAGUGAGUUCGGAGCGGUUGCUAGAAGUGCCCGUGUGGAUUAUAAAGAGUUGCUGGAGAACUUGAAGAAACUUGAGAAGGAUUGCAAGAGCUCGUGGGAGUGUCUGGCGACGAUUAGCAAAAAUGAUAGUUCGAAUAUGAAGCAGAAAAUUAAUGAUUAUCUGUCGGAUGUUGCUCAAAGGAUCCAUCAGCUUAAAGCAAUCUACACAGUGACUAAAAAUCGAUGGCACGCUUUCCUCCUCUAUUUCGGUUAUGGAGUUGAGGAGAUCACUAAUCAAACGCCCAACGACGUUUUCAAAAUGGUCACCGAGUUCGCGUUGGAGUACCGUACCACACGUGACAAGAUUCUGCAGCAGAAGAAGCGGUUGGCAGAGAAGAGAGAACGGAAUAAGACGCGUGGAAAGAUUUGGGCGUUGGAGGGAAGUGCUGAGGGUGCGGGUGACGCCGCGGCGCCAUUAAGACGGAGGAAUCAUCAGCCGGCGGCGCCGGUGCAGAACUCGCAGCAGAGGCAUGAUGAGAUGUCGAAGAUGUUGGCGGCGAUGGCGGAGGAUAAUAAUAGUACGUUGAGGAGACGAGCGCCAGCAGCGACGAUGAAUGGGAAGAGUUUUGGAGGAAGUGUUAAAGACCUCGUCGACACUGAAUCCCCGGAAGACGAGAUUCUCAACGGACUUGUCAAAGCGGCGACCCUUCAGACGGAUCCAAGGGAUCAACGAAGACGUGCCAGACAGUUCAAUCGGAAGUCACUCCGCCGUACGCGUACCCUCAAAAUGGUCGAUGGACAACUCGAGACAUGCAAUUAUUGA